UACGUGGUGCAAUGGUUGAUUCUCCGGCCACAUAUACCUCGGAGCAUGAUUAUAUAACUUAUGAGGCUUACGGCAACAGAUCGUACUUUGCACGUGCCCUGCCCCCGGUGCCAAAAGAUUGUCCGACACCCCUGGGUGUAGUAGGAGCCAAAGAACUACCAGACGCCGGCAUGAUAGUAGACAAACUAAUGAAGCGUACCGAGUUUAAACCUGACCCGCGGGGUUCUAAUGCUUUGUUCACAUUUUUUGCACAACAUUUUACGCACCAGUUCUUCAAGACAGAUUUCGAACGAGGUCCUGGCUUCCAGUGGGGAGGUCAUGGGGUGGAUGUAUCUCAUGUAUAUGGUAAAAAUAAACAUGUAGAAAAUAUGUUAAGAAGUUUUGGGGAUGGCAAGUUAAAAAUGCAGACAAUAAAUGAAGAGUCAUGGCCCCUUCACCUCAAAGAUUUGGAUGUGCCAAUGCAUUAUCCUCCAAGUGUACCCAAGGAAAUACAGUUUGCCCUCGGACAUAAAGAUUUUGGUUUAUUGCCCGGACUAUUUAUGUAUGCUACAAUAUGGAUGAGGGAACAUAAUCGUGUCUGUGAUAUAUUAAAGGGAGAGCAUCCAGAAUGGGAUGAUGAAAGACUUUUUCAAACUGCCAAAUUAAUUAUUUUAGGUGAAACAAUAAAGAUUGUUGUAGAAAACUAUGUACAGCAUUUAAGUAAUUACAAUUACCAGUUGACUUUUAAGCCGGAACUACUUUUCGGGCAGUCUCAUCAGUAUUCUAACCGAAUUACUGCCGAGUUUAAUCACAUGUAUCAUUGGCAUCCAUUGAUGCCGGAGGAGUUUAACAUCUCUGGGACUGUUUACACAGUAAAAGACUUCCUCUUCCGUCCUGAUAUAGUGUUAAAACAUGGAAUGAGAGAUUUUGUUGACGGGCUCGUUCAUCAGAGAGCCGGCGCUUUUACUCAUCAUAAUCACAAUAAGUACACCCUUCCUGUAGCCAAGCAGACUAUAUUACAUGGAAGGUCCCUUAGAUACCAGUCAUUUAAUCAAUAUAGAAAAAGAUUUGGUUUACCACCUUAUCAAACAUUUGAAGAUUUGACCGGAGAUACUGAAGUAGCUAAAGACUUGGAAGAAAUAUAUGGAGAUAUAGAUGCUGUAGAAUUCUAUGUGGGUAUUGUUGUAGAAAAAACUAGACCAAAAGCAAUCUUUGGAUCAACUGUGAUAGAAUUAGGUGGGCCAUUUUCUGUGAAAGGACUUCUAUCUGCACCUAUAUGCAGUCCUCAGUAUUGGAAACCAUCAACAUUUGGCGGAGAUGUGGGAUUUAAUUUAGUGAAAACAGCUACAUUAGAGAAACUAUUUUGUAAGAAUAUGGUAAACUGUCCAAAGAUCUCAUUUGAAGUUCCCAAAGAAACCCAAAGUUGUACCAAAGAAACCCAAAGUUGUACAAAGAGUGAAUUGUAACAAGUGUUCCAAGAGAAAAAAUUUAUCAAAUCACAGACCAAUUCUGAAUGCUAGAAAAUAUCUUGGAACCAGUCCAGGAUGAAAGUUCAUUAAGAAUAUUUGGUGUACCAGUCCUCAUAUUGGGCUUGAUGUUAUUGCAUUUUAAGCUGUCAAGCAUCAAAGCAAA